GCCCAAUAUAAGUGCUAUCAGUGCAUUUCAAGCAGUGAUAACCAAUCAGAUUGUGAGCUGAGCGAACUGGAAAAGUUGAAGCCAUUCAUCAAGAGCUGCCCAGUUCUUCAAGAAGGAACAUUCAAAGGAUCACAGGCGAAAGGCUGUCGAAAGAUUAUUCAGACUGUUGAAAGCAAGAAAUCAACAAUCCGUGAAUGCGCUUACUCGGGAGAAGUGGUCGACGGACAAAAGAAAACCGGAAACUGGGGCAUCAACAUGUACUACUAUCAAUGCGAGAAUACGGUGAGACCAAACGAUUGCAUUGCCUUUCAUUUUUCGUGA